GUACAUUUCUCCUGUACCCAAACUCUUUGACUGCUCCACAGACAAUCUUCUAUUUAUUUAUAUUUUAUUUGCAUCCAAAGUGCGAAUGAAAGAAAUGUCAACACCAACGGGUCUUCCUGCGCUAAAUGGCGAUGUGUUGAGCGCCAUCAAUGAUAUGAUCGGACGUGUAAUUAUCAUUAAUACUACGGACAAAAAGCGAUAUUCUGGGGUGCUGGGCGCCGUGUCUCAGGAUUUCGAUUUCGGGAUGCAGUGCGUCGUGGAAAUUACGAAGGAGAACGAGAAUAACUUGCUGAGAACAGAGUCGGAAUGCAGAGACAAGAUGGUAUUUCACUAUAGUGAUAUUGUCGAUUUUGCGUACGUUACGCAAGAGAUCAAGAAGCAGCAUGCUGUCAGCAAAUUCGUCACCGAUAGACAAUACCACGGAGAUACUCCAAUCGAGGGCGAAGAGCUUCAGGAAUGGAACGGAGGUGAGGAGGACGGACUCGGAGGAUCCAUUGAGGACGACGUCGUCGUUGCUGGUGGACAAACCGCCGCUCGUCGCAGCAACAAUCACAACAACGGCACCGGAUGGUCGGUCAACGACAUGUUCGCCGCCAACGAGAAGAUGAACGUGGUGUCGACGUUCAAAGAGGAUUUAACGCAAUACACAACCGUCGAAGUGGUAGGAACCGACGAAGAUCGAGCACGCGCCGAGCGGCUCGCUAGAGAAAUUGAGUCCAACUCGUCGUCGAAGUUUAUGGCGAACUUGGAGAACGACGACGACGAGCGAGAUUUGGACAAAAUCACGCGUCAAGAGGAUUUCGAGAAUGGCAAUGGCCGAAAGCGCAAUAAUAACAGCUUCAACCAGCAACAACAACAGCGCCGCAAUCCGAAUAUUGCACCAAACGGGCAGCCAGUGAAUCGACGUGCCGAGGGUCUUCGCGGAGAUCGUCGUAAUAGUGGAAGCUCUUCAGCGAACAAUAGUCGCUACGGUGCUCCAGCAGCGGCUCAGCAGAACUAUUCACAGAAUCAGCAGCAGCAGCAAGGUCAAAAAGGUUAUCGCCGCCAGAACGAGGAAAAUGACUGGCAGAUGGCCAAGGGGAAGGGCCAGAACCAGGGCCACGACCACUCGUUCCGUCAACAGCAGAAGCAGAUGCUGGAUCCGAGACCCAACAACAAUGUGAAGCCGGCUGACGAUAAAGCUCAAUCUGCCACCACUGCCACUGCUGCUGCCGGUGGAUCCCGUGUGACAGAUCUCAAGAACUGGGGCAACGAGUUUUCGAUUGCGACGGCUCCAAAGGAUCAGGCUCCGGCGGUGCCAGCUGGAAACUCGGGUAGUGCCUGGAAUCGCGGACCACCGAGCUCGCUGGUUGCCAAGGGAUCAUCAAAUGAGUCGACUCCACCACCGACAACCAAUGGAGAGGAGGCUGAGACUAAAAAAGAAGAAGCUCCAUCCACAAGCGUCGAUGUGGCAGCUGCACCAGUGCAAAACGUACAGAACGACGCGGAAAAGCAUCAGGAAGACGACAAUGUUUCCGUUACUUCAGAGAAUGAUUCAGUGAUCACUUCGAAGUCAUCGUCGUUCAAAUUCAACAUCAAUGCUCCAGAGUUCAAGCCACGUGUGGCUCCGGCGACUCCAACAGCGACGACUCCAGUGCAAAAUGAAUAUCAUCCACAACAACAGCCACAUCCAGCAAUGAUGGCUCCACAACAAGGACCACCUGCUCCUGGAAUGGGAAUGGUUCCACCACACAUGGGCGGCCCACAAAAUCAAGGUCAACCACCGAUGAUGAUGUGGCAACAGACUGGACAACAGCAACAAGGCGGUGGCGGCUAUCCACAGAAUCAUCAAUUCCCAAUUCAACAUGUCCCAAUGCAAGGUGUUCCUGGACAGAUGUAUGGCCCGGGAGCUGCGACUCCGGUCACUGUUGCUCAGCAGCCAAAUCAGCAGCAUCAGGUGCCAACCAGUGCGGCUGGUGGUCAGAAUCAUCAGUUGAGAGAUGGAGAGUAUCGUGAGAAGCAGCCACUCUACAUGCCAUAUGGACCGCCACAAAUGGUUCCAGUCACAUCUCAGCAAUUCUAUCAUUCACAGUACCAAGGCCAGAUGCAGCAAGCUGCUCCAUACCAAAUGAAGAUGAUGCCACAGCAAGCUCCACAGGGUGCCUAUCAACAGAGAUAUCAGCAGCCACAAGUGUACAUGAUGCCUCCACAGGGUCAGCAGCAGCAGCCGAGAUACCAGGGUCCUCCACCACCACAGCAACAGCAACAGCAACAACCGCAGCAACAACAAUUCUCCGGAGAGCAAAGUCGCCCACAAUCACAUCCGAAUAGUCAGCCAACGACUCCGGGACCACGUGGCGAGUUGCCAAAGAUGAGCGGUGCUCCACAGAACGGAAACAUGCAGGCCGAGUCGAGCAGCAACGCUAGUCACAGCGGAUCGACGAGCUCUCAGUCGGGACAACGAAGCGGAUCUCCACCAGGUGCUGUUCCUCCACCACCACCACCACAGCAGCAGCAUCAGCAACAACAACAUCCACCACAUCAUGCUCCUCCACACGUCGGAGCACCACCACCACAGAUGAUGCAGCAGCAGCAGCAACACAUUCAACAGUAUAUGGUGAUGCAGGGACCGCAUCAAAUGCAUCCGCAGAUCCCUAAUUACUAUCAGCAGCCUCAGGCAUUAUUCUAUCCGAUGAUAAUGCCCCAACAGAUGCCAAUGCAACAGAACCAACAUCCUCAACAAAGUCUUAUGGGCGAGCGAUCUGAUCAAGGAUUCCCGACGUCGGGAUACUUUGACUACCGUACAAUGCCAAACUAUCAGCAACAACAACAACAGCAACAGCAACAAAUGCACCGCCAGAAUUCGCUUCCACAGCAGUUCCAAGGCAAUCAAGGUGUAAAUCCAUCUGGUCAACAAUCUGGUCCACCACCACCGCCACCACCGUCUCAACAAGGCACACCACGUGAUCAGCAGCACUCUCAGAGCCCCCCGUAAUCAUAUCUAUAUGCGCUCUUCCUGCGCUUUUCAGUGCUUUAUAUAAUGUUUCCCCAAUAUAUAUUCAUUUUAAUAUUCUUAUUUUCUUCCUUCUCUUCCUUCUUUUCAUCAAAAAUCCGCUUCUCCCCCCUUCCCCCAUGCCACCAUCUACAACAACCACAAAAAUCUCGUGGAAUUCCGAAAUUCCGUCAUAAACAACAAGAUGUGAUGUUCUAGUUUUAGAAAAAACCGUGUGUUCUUUGUAUCCCCUCUUGUGGGUAAAGUUCACACCGCCAAUACCUCCUCCUCCUCCUUCUCCCCACACAAAUUACUUGUAGUGUCGGAAAAAGUACACUUUUCCGUACACGAAGGAUCAUGUCAAAAUGCUCCUUUCACUUUUUAUUCGUUAUUUCUCUCGCUCUGCCUUCCUGAUUAUCCGUUUCCGAGACCGUCUUAUUCUUUUUUUUUCUUGUAAAACCAAACCAAUAAUCCUUCCUUUUUUCUUUUUUUUUGAGCAAUACCAUCCCUCCCCCCACAACAAAAUCUAUAAUUUAUUUCCUUAACAUUAUUAUCUUCAACCAUCUCGCGCACACUACUCAUAUUCUAGUGAAUGCCCCUUUCCCCCGUCCCCCAGAUGUAAUAAACAUCAAUUAUUGCUCA